CCGGUCGAUGUGAAAUCAUAAUCACCAAGCCUGCAAAGCUGCAUGCACUCCGUAUAUCGGAUUACUGUAUAUUACGAGUAUAUUCUGCAUAAUACGGUUUAUUUGGAAUAUUCAAAGCAUUAUCGCUUUUCCAAACUAAAACUGUCGAAAACAUUUACCUGGUUCUACUGUUAAUCCUUACAGAGAUCUAUUGUACAUUGAAAAUUCCCAGAACUUUCAGUACUAAAUAAAUCAUGCUCCGAUAUUGUGAAAUCUUUACCGGGCUUUUGGUGGUUUUUCUUCCUCUUGUCCUCGGAUCGCCCUUAUCAUACCCGGGAACAAGCUGGGUUUUGGCGCCCCGUGAGCAAGACGCCUAUAGCAUGCAGCAACAACAAAUGUACCCGUCCAUAAAUCAAUACAAUCCAAAUUUCAUUCCCCGUUACCCCGUCUCCAACCCUUCAUUCCCCAAUUUCAAUCAGCAGCCGCCAAAUUUUAAUCAACAACGCCCGCCCACGUUCGGUGGUCCGUACAACAACGUGGAUUUCGGCCGACGAUUUCCGGUGAUCCCCAGUCAGCAGUUUCCAGGACCGGGAUUUGUGUUCGUUGGACUGCCGGCCCAACCCAACCAGCCACCGAUCAAUGUGCCGGUCCCGCCAGUGCAUAACGGCAAUCCCGGUGCUGUCGAAGGUGGAGGUAGUGGCGAAUCACCAGCCGGGGGAAAUGGUAGCGGAUCGCAAGAAAACACCGUCAAUACCGGCAAGGACAGUGCUGGUGCAAAACAACAUGAAAAUAAUGGGGCGCUAUAAAGGAUCUGCCAUGCCAAACUGGGCAAUCAAUAUUAUUAUAGUUUUAUUUCCACUAUUGCAACAGAAUUACGAGCUACAAAGUUACAACUAUAAUUAAAAUUUCCAGAUAUGGUGACAUAAAGAAACGCUUUGAUUAUAAUCCCAAUCGGCCCUUUGAAUUGUUAUUUCGAUCAUCUUGCCCAGAAUUGUUAUUGACUUUGUCAACUAUAUUGUUUUCGUUAUUUUUGUUUGUUGAAUUGUCUUAGUUGUCUGUACCUAUAUAAUAAAAAUGCGUUAUGGUUUAUU